ACGUUUCUUUCUUUACCCAUCACAUUCAUUUACACAGUCCUCGGUGACUAUCUACAUUCAUUACUUCAUUGAUUGAAGCUUAUCCAACUUUUCAAACCAAACACUCAUUUUUUCCACCUUACGAAAAACUACCCAAAACUUCUUCCAUCAAAAUCAUCAAUCUCAAGAUUUUAUCAUCAAAAAUGUCUUUCUCCAAGAUCGCUGUUGUGGCUGGUGCCGCUUUUAUCUCUGGUGUUGCUGCUCACGGACGUGUCCAAGGUAUCACUGCUGAUGGUGUUUGGUAUGAGGGUUACAACCCAUCUUUCCAAUACGAGCAAGUUGCACCAGUUGUUGCUGGAUGGUCCGAUCCAGCUGAUUCAUCGAACGGUUUCAUUGCACCAGAUGCUUAUGGUACAUCCGACAUCAUUUGCCACUUGGGCGCUACCAAUGCUCAAGGAUACGUUAAUGUUACUGCCGGAAGUGAGGUUAACUUGCAAUGGACUGUCUGGCCUGAUUCGCAUCACGGUCCAGUUAUUGACUACCUUGCUGCUUGUACUGGAGGUGAUUGCACAACUGUCGACAAGACCACCCUCGGAUUCUUCAAGAUCGAUGGUGUAGGACUCAUCGAUGAUUCCACCGUCCCAGGUACAUGGGCAUCUGAUCAGCUCAUCGCCAACAACAACUCCUGGUCUGUCACCAUCCCAGAGUCCUUGGCACCAGGUGCCUACGUUCUCCGCCACGAGAUCAUCGCACUCCACUCUGCUGAGCAAGCCGAUGGAGCUCAAAACUACCCACAAUGUGUUAACCUUUGGGUUUCCGGAACUGGAUCCGCUGUUCCAGCUAGCGCAGAUACCGUUCUUGGUACUGCUCUUUACACCGAGACUGAUGCCGGUGUCAAUGUCAACAUCUAUGCUUCCCUCGCUUCAUACGAUGUUCCAGGUCCUACUCAAUGGGCUUCCGCUACUGCUUCCGUUGCUCAAGGUACUUCAGGAGCAGUUGCCACCGCAGCAGCUAUCGUUUCUUCCGCUGCUUCAUCGGCUGUCUCAAGCGCUGCUUCCUCUGCCGCUGUCGUCGCCUCUUCUUCCGCUCAAACCACCGCAGAAGUUGCCGCUACCAGUUCCGCUGCCCCAGUCGCCAGCGUAGCCUCCUCUUCCGCUGUUGUUGCCGCCAGCUCCGUUGCUAGCGUUGCUUCAUCGGUUAUUGCCAGUUCCGCAGCAUCAGUUGUUACCUCUGCCCCAGCUGUUACUUCUGCACCUUCUAACAUUGUCACUGAUAUGAUCACUGAUUACGUCACCGUUACCGAUGUUGUAACAGUAACUGUCACUGCUGCAUAAAUUUUCAACCUUUUGAUUGUUUGAAAUCAGCACCUUCUUUGACUUGAAAACUUUUUGAUGAUAUUUUGAUGGUUUGUUUUUGGAUUUGAUUCGGGCUAUCAGGUAUAGCUUGGAUGGAAAAUUUAUGAAUGAGCCGGAGGAUGAGUUGAAUGGGCUUCAUGUCAUUUUCUUAUAUAUUUACGUCUUGUAUAAACAGAAUUGAAUAUUUUUUGAGCAUAAA